AUUUGCUCAUUGGAAGAAUGGAUUUGAUUUCCCGUUGUCUUAACGUUGUUCCUCAUCAACGCUGGUGAGCCUAGGAGCGUUUUUACGCAUUAGCAUUCUCAUGGUUCUUUUUGGUAACAUUUUCAUUGUUAAACAAUGGACUGCCCCUUUAUUGCAAAAUAUUGUCACAUUUAGGAUGUAUGCUACGCGGAUUCUCAGGCAAUCCCCGACAUGACCUCACUAACCCGCCCCUCCAAUACACUGUAUGGAUUUCUCACCGCGUCGGUUAUCCUUAUAAACGAGCGUUGUUUAAUAUCCGUUUUCAGAGUAGAUUUUUGACAAUGGGAAUCUGAGUUAAACUGUUUCUGCCCCUACUAUAAGUGAAUCAACACACCCGUUCAACAAAGGAGAAACGCCGGGACUAAGGCCAUGGGGGCAACAAAGAGUAAGCCCAGAGAGCUGGGCCCGCGCUCCCGCAGCAUGGAUGGAAGCAUGGGGCCGUGUGGCGGGGGGGGAAGCACCGGAGGGCACCACCUCAGUCCAUCCCAGCAAGCCCUCACGCCCAUCCGAAACCAGGCAGGGGAGAGCACGCAGCGCAGCGUCCAACCCAUCGCCAAUAGCAGCGAGCUGACCCCGUUCGGAGGAGUGGACUCCUCCAUGAACAGUGGCACCUCCCCCCACUGGAGCGCGCUGGCAGCAGGGGGCGUGACUACGUUUGUGGCAUUGUAUGACUAUGAGUCACGCACUGCCACCGAUCUGUCAUUCAGGAAGGGGGAGCGGCUUCAAAUCGUCAACAACACGAGAAAGCUGAACUGCAGGGAGGGAGACUGGUGGCUGGCCCGCUCACUGACCACAGGACAAAGUGGCUACAUCCCCAGCAACUACGUUGCGCCAUCGGACUCCAUCCAGGCUGAAGAGUGGUACUUUGGGAAAAUAACCCGCAGGGACUCUGAACGUUUGCUCUUGAAUCUUGAGAACAGAAGGGGAACUUUCCUGGUUCGGGAGAGUGAGACCACCAAAGGUGCUUACUGUCUAUCUGUACUCGACUGCGACAAUGUGAAGGGGCUGAACGUGAAGCAUUACAAGAUCCGCAAGCUGGACAGUGGCGGCUUCUAUAUCACGUCCCGUACGCAGUUCAUCAACCUGCAGCAGCUGGUUGGCCACUACCGCAAGCAUGCUGAUGGCUUGUGUCACAGUCUGACGGAGGUGUGCCCAGUGCUGAAGCCCCAGACUCAGGGCUUGGCUCGAGAUGCCUGGGAGAUCCCCCGUGAGUCCUUGCGGCUGGAUGUGAAACUGGGUCAGGGCUGCUUCGGAGAGGUCUGGAUGGGCACUUGGAAUGGGACGACACGUGUGGCCAUAAAGACCCUGAAGCCGGGCACCAUGUCCCCUGAGGCCUUUCUGCAGGAGGCCCAGGUCAUGAAGAAACUGCGACAUGAGAAACUGGUUCAGCUGUACGCUGUGGUGUCAGAGGAACCCAUCUACAUCGUCACAGAGUACAUGGGCCAAGGAAGUCUGCUUGACUUUUUGAAAGGGGACAUGGGUAAGAUGCUGCGAUUGCCCCAGCUGGUUGACAUGGCUGCCCAGAUCGCUUCAGGCAUGGCGUACGUGGAGAGAAUGAACUACGUGCACCGAGACCUCAGGGCUGCCAACAUCCUGGUAGGAGACAACCUGGUGUGUAAAGUGGCAGACUUCGGCCUGGCACGCCUCAUAGAGGACAACGAAUACACUGCCAGACAGGGGGCAAAGUUUCCAAUAAAGUGGACUGCACCGGAGGCUGCUCUUUAUGGUCGUUUCACCAUCAAGUCAGAUGUUUGGUCUUUUGGGGUUUUACUGACCGAGCUAGCUACUAAAGGCAGGGUGCCAUAUCCAGGGAUGGUGAACCGGGAGGUGCUUGACCAAGUGGAGCGCGGCUACAGGAUGCCGUGUCCGCCCGAGUGCCCAGACUCUCUGCAUGAACUCAUGCUUACCUGCUGGAGGAAAGAGCCUGAGGAGCGGCCCACCUUUGAGUACUUGCAGGGCUUCCUGGAGGACUACUUCACCUCCACCGAGCCACAGUACCAGCCAGGGGAGAACCUGUAGAGGACCAGUGUGGGCUGAGGAGAGGAACUGCAGGUGGAGGAACAGGGGGGUGGAGGUGUGUGACGUAGACAGCUCUAUAAAGAGUGGUGGCUCAAUUGCACAGUUAAAGGAGAAAGAAACAUUUUAUUGUUUUAGCCAUAUAACUCUUUCUACAGAACACCUCUUCAUACCCCCAAACAAACAGAUUGAUGGAUGCACCAUCGUAAUUCCUUAUUUCCCUAGCUCCUUUUGUAGGUCAGUACGGAUCAGUCUUUAGCUGCUUUUCUGACAUCACUGUGCUUCCAUCUUCACCUCUCUUGAGCUCUUUUCCAGGAUGAUCUAGAUCUGUCACUCAUCCUUGCUGAUGCCCCACCCCACCCCUUACCCCACUCCUCUGUUAAGGGCCCCCCUCCCCCGGUUUCUGCCCUUCGUCCUAAUUCUACCCUGACAGACAGGGCUGGGAGUCUCCAGCCUUCACCGAUGAUCCCAUGGUUCUUUCCUGCCAACUGCAGUCUCACAAGACAGAAAACUGGCAGAUGAGACAAGACCACCACUGUCAAACACCCACAGGACUUUAGCUGUUAGCUGUGUGAGACUGACUUGAAAAGAGACAUCUGAGACCUGAUGAGCGGAAUAGACUUAUAAAUUCUUGCUGUCUUCCAACAUUCAUCCAGAGCCUCAUCUAACGGAACUCCUCAAAGUAUUUCAUGGCCCCUUUUGGAGAAGAUAAUGUCCCAUUUUUUCCCCCCUUUCUUCAGCCUGGAUAAACUGGAGAACAGUGAAAGGCUGUCAAAAAUAGUGGCUGUAUUUUAUUUUGAGAUUAUUUAUGGCAUUUAUGUCAGCACACUGACAAGGUUUUGUGGCAGAAGAAACAUUGCCACAUGAUGCUGAAUUGGACAAGGCACAUAAAGUAUCACAGGUCAAACUCAUGGCAAAAUAGAUCAUUGAGCCUUCAACUUCAAAAAUCAUUGUCUGGCUUUUUCAUUUAUUGCUCUUAUUCUACUUUUCUGAUAUUACUGAAUCCUUUUUGCCGAUUUGACCCAAAACAAAACUACUGAUAAAGUCUCUAACAUGGGGACUGUACAGUCUUUAUUAUAAGUGAUUAUACUGUAUGUGUGAAUAGUGGAAACUUUUUUUGUACCAUUUUAUUAUAUAUAAAGUGUAUUUUUAUUAAUGUGAUCUUUUGGUAUCAUCAAAAAACGGGUGGGUGUGCUUUAUAACUAGAUUUGAAUUGUGAGGUAUAAAUAUCACUGAUUCAUCGGAAUGAACGACUCAGAUCUCCAAAUGCUAAGCACUGGGCAUUCAUCUUUGUGUAUAUCAUUUUUGGUGUUUAAACAGAUUUUGGUAUUUGUGGGCUGCUCUUACCUUAAGCCUGCAAUAGUUUGAAAAAACAGUAAGUAUGUUAACCUUACUUCAGACUGUUGAAGUGUCCUGCUGAUUGGUUAUAUCGCAGUAGUCAACAGUAACACCUGAAACAGUCAUGCAGUGUGCUGCAGGGCUGUAAAACACACUUCUUUUUUUCUUUUUUUUAAAAAUAAACACAUAGCAAUGGUAACAAAGGGAAUUUGGAAGACCUUGUAUGUGUAGCUCAGUUUUGUCAUCAGCUAUAUCACCGGAUCUCAGAUCACAUGCAGAAUUUUAAAAAUAAUAUUAAGAAUAAAUAAACAAGAAUAAGCAUUACGUUCCUCUUCCCAAGAAAUUUCAUCUGUUUUGUUACAGGAGGCAAAAUGCUGUAAAACUGCAAAGCUGAUAUAUAGUUGAGGCUUGUAAGAAUUGUAGGAUAUUUCAGUCAUAAUUAUGGUGAUCAGAACUGUGAACGGUAGGUGAACUAGCAUAAAUGGGUGCUCACCGAUGCGUUUCACGGGGUCUGGGGUUAGACGUGCUUUUGCGUGGUACUGUUGCUGAUAGAGGACAUUUCCUGUGACACUGGUCAGGUUACUGUAAAUACCUUUUUUUCUGCAUACCACUUAUUGUAAAUCUUCUAUUUAUUCAUUUUGUUUAAUAUUAUGACCAUCCUCAAACUAAAGCAUUAUGGGGUGGUUCUCCAGAUACUGCUGAAGCAAAAUCUUGGAAUGUUUGCAUUAGAAAUUAUUGGGAGAAUAGGACUAGGCCUAGUUAGUCUGAAGCACUGCCCUAAUAUAACUGAUCCAUCAUUUGCAGAAGCUGUUUGAGAGCACUCAGCCUGUUCCUCCCCAGCCAUCACUCAGUCUGCUGUCUGUGGCUCUAGGUUGUGUUGUGAAACCAUUCCUGGAAUGGCACUGACAUUGAGAUUGAACUGGAUCAAUCAAAAAAAUACCUAAGACGAGUUAUUUGACAGUAGCCAGUUGUGCUAAUCACACUAUAUUUCAAUCCCCCCACCCCUUCAGUCUUUAACGGGAAGCUUUUUUCCUGUAUUUAUGUUAUUUGAUGCACUCUUGACCUUACAUUAUCACUCUACAUUUUUUUUAAAGUUUAAGUUAAAGGUAAUGGGUAUUUUGUUGUUGUUGUUGUUGUUGUUGUUGUUUUAGUUUGGCUUCAUGUAAGUUAUUCCCAUGUAACUGCACCAUUUUCUUGUUGGUCACAUUUUUGGUAUUGUGUGAGGUCCUACCAUAGUUGUUGUUACCAUACCAUAGUGUAUUGUUAGUCUAGGCAAUUGUGGUUUGAGUUACAUUCUAGUUUAUGGUGAGGGACUGGAUGAAUAGUUAAGCAAUUUCUCAACAAUCUGCUAUUGUUGAACCUACACACAUCAUUUUCCUUUCUGUAAACAUGUUGACAACUGUUUAGUGUACCCAGCCUAUGCAAUUUUUGCUCCUGGCUUUGCUUUUUUUAACUGAUUAUUUUUCUUGUUUGCUUACACUAUACUUUACAGUUCUACAAUGACUUGUUUCAAAUUGAGAAGUCGACUUUGCAAGGAGAGUUGUAUACUUCAAAAAAUUAUAUGUUGUUAUCUUUUCUAAAGUGCAAUAAACUACA